AUGGCUAUUAUGAUCAUGAUGUAAAAGAAACCUUUUAAACAUUUGCUAUAGAUAAUUUAAACUUAUUCAAAAUCAUUUUUUGUAUUUCUCAUUUAUAGAGUUGGAUCUGAUAGCAAUUUAGAAUAAGAAAAUUUAAAAACAGUUCUAUAUAUCUUAUUGAAAUAGUAAAUGAAAACUGUAUUAGGAUAAAUUUCAAUCAAAAUUGAAAGAAGCAUCUAAAGAAAUUCCAGUGUCAUCUCAAUGUAAGAAUAACAUGUUAAAUGGUUAUAAUAAUUAAAGGAAACAUAAAAUGAGGUAGCCUAGAAAGAAGGAUCAUUUAAAAUAUGGAUAUUUAUCAGAACAGGGCUUGGAGUUAAAUUAUUGAUUGGAUAUAAUAUAUUGUAAUAGUAAUAAUCAGCAUGA